AAUGAAAAGGAAAUCGCCUACGCAUUUAACUGCCGUACAACAGCACCAUUAUCACCAUCGCGACUUGUCAGUGGGCAGCAAUGAUUCUUCCUCAGCUACGCUAACCUCGAUUGUAACCAUUGCGAAGUUUCCACCACAAUCGUCGUCGACAUCAUUGCAUACAUCUCGGUCUCUGUCACUAUCUUCGACACCGCAACAGCAAUCGAUACAAUCGUUAUCGGCAGUAACGGCGAUACGCGGUAGCAAUGGGUCGGCUGUAGUUACAACUACAGCUUCCGCUCCUAAUACGGGUCGUGUAAAACGUACUUCAAAGUUUUCGCCGCUAGCAGCAGAUGCUUUCAAUUGCGAUCCUUUGCUAAACGCGGCCCAAGAAAGACGUUCUACCGAGAUUAUUUUAUAGCAACUUUGCCAUCUUCAAAGUUUCCUUUGUAAAACAAAAAUAGCUUCCUUUAUGUGGUAUUGGUGUUUCUUAACAUAUUAAGUUUGUUUUAGUAAAUUAUACUAUAAUUAUAAUUCAGUUCUAUUCCAUUUUGAAUAUUUUCAAAUCCUAAACAUUAUAGGUGAAUAGUUACUGAUUUCAAAUCAAGUCAAAGGCUGUGCAUUAAUUUUUUAAACAAAAUUAAGAUUAAUAACUUUUAGUGACGAGUACACUACAAAACAUAUUUCUAAUUCUGCCAUAUUUUCUAAUUCUAAAUUUUCGCUCUACGCUGCUGAUGUAAAUUGAUUUGCGCUAGUUAUGCUUAUAUGUAGUUUGAAAAAUUUGAAAAAUUUUAUUACAAAAGCGAAUAUUGUUGUCAGAUUUGAUAUUAAUUCGAAAAUUGUAAAUUUUGUUGUUUUUUCGGGGGUUAUUUUUAUUUUUAUAUAAAUAAAAAUGAAAGUUUUAAUUGUAUCCGCGUGUUGGAUUACUAAAUUAAUACAUAUGUAUAUUGUACAUUUCUUUUAGCAUUAAUUGAAAAAGAAAUACUGU